GAGUCAGCAGAACUGGCCAGUCGAUUCAGUUGUUCUGUCAAUAAUAUGUAGUUAACGUCCCUUUCCACAUGGAGCUGGUGAUGUGCGCCCUUUUUAGUUACGUUACGAUCACAACACUUGCUGAAACUGAACGCAAGUGUGUUGUGCAAAAAAAAAAAAAAAUGUUCUACAUCAAUAUCUAAUCGAAAGCACAGCAGGUGUGUGUUUCAUGAUUAUCGGCACCGCCAGAUCUUCACUGUCAGGCCCAGUACAUGUGCUGCAGUUGGAAAGGCAAAGGCCAGAGGUACCCCGCGGAAAUUCACUCGGCGAGAUGGUGAACGAGAAACACAGUAGUGGUAUGAAGAAGUGGUACUACCUCGUGAUAAUGUUAGUGGCCCUGCCGCUGACUUACUACUGGUAUUUGGGUAUUGUCUUCAAUAAAGGUGUGACUUGGGUCGUCCCUGGUGAGUACCUCGUGAUUUUACUUAAAAGAAUUUACAAUGUAAUAAAGAGAUUUUCUGAAUGUACAGACAGAAGGAUAAUAUACCACUGGACGCAUAGAUGUUAAUGGACAAGGAAUAAGACUGUACGAAUAGGUCGAUGAGGGAAUAGGGGAUAUGGAGAUAAUGUGAUGAAAUGAUAAGCACUCAAAUAAGAGAAUGCAGCUACAGUAAGAAACUGAUAGAGAAAGUGCAUGUUUUUUGUUAUAAUUUUUCAUAUUUUUUUUACAAUAUUUAUUUUCUUAUUAUCUCUCUUUCUUGUAAUACAUUUUCAUGUUCAAACUGUCUAUCUUUCGUAUAAGGUUUAUUUAUUUUUUUAGUUUCUUCUUUCUUAUCACGUACGCUUC